CAAUGAAGGCUGCUCUGUUCUUUGUUGCUGUCGCAGUUGCGGCGGUAUACGGACGACCAGAAGAGUCGACCACUGCUGCCAUCCAGGGUGAGGAACAGCCGUCCGCCACCAUCCUGUCUGUGAGAACAUUGGUGGCGGCGUCGUACGCGGAAGAAGACGACGAUACCAUUUGUGUCCAGGCAGACAACAAGUUCUACUUGUAUGCCAAUUCACUGAAGCUGUAUUCUUGCUACAACCUACUACCGAAGGUUUACGUGGUGAAACCAAAGAGUCUGUGUAAACCAGUCCUGUCCGACUGUCCCAAGAACUAGGAGUAUUGCAAGUGUGUCGGCUCAUCCUGGAGGAGCUGACUCAUCUAGGAUUGAGUGAAGACGAGAUGGCUGAGCUGUUGACUGAAGACAUCAACAAUUUUCACAGAAAGAAGUAAAUUCCAAGAGUGUAGAACUUACCUCUUUCACUAGCAAGAAAAACUGGUGGAAUCAACAUAUCUUGUUUUGUGAUACUUUCUGAUUGCUUCAAGAUAUGCAAUAAAUCAGCUUUACAAUCAGGCUACAAAC